AUGUACAAGCUACUUGUUGCUGUUGCCUUCCUCAUCGCUCUGGCCAUGGCCCAGAACCCGAAGCUGGACUACGGCAUGAAAAAGGUUGUCAAACCACACGAUCUCCUUGUCGAUGAGAGCGACCAAGCCAUGGAUAUCCUGGAAGGCGAGGUCGAGCAGGAGGUGCACUACAAACUCGAGCUCCAGCCAAACGGGGCCAUGUGCGGCGUUUGUCAAAUGCUGUUCUCCGAGCUGUACGAGUAUAUCAAGACGCACGAGGCCUCAAUCCCUGAUGCGCUAAACGCCCUUUGCGAUCAAAUGUUCGCCCGUCAUCCCUCGGAGCUUGAGAUGUGCGAGAUGCUGGUGCAGACCCAGAUGAAGCGCAUCAUCGAUCUGAUUGAGGGUGGAACGCAGCCUGAUGUCGUCUGCAAUGAGCUCGACCUAUGUCCU